AUGCUGUCGGAAGAGUUCUUGGAGGAGAACCAGGACCUGUUCGAGGCGAUCAACGACGCUCGUCCAGGAUUCUGGUCCGCCCUGGGGAGUGAGCUGCAGCGGGUGCGCGAUGAGCGGAUCACCACACGGGGAGCGGUGGUGCGCGAAAUCCCGCCGUCUCGGGACGCGUGCACGCAGACCGAGCUCGAGGGCGUGGAGGCGGCCACGCAAACCGCCCGGAUCGAAACCCGCAAUCAGCCGGUUCAGACGGGGACUUUGCGGGAGGAGAUCGAGCGGAAGCUCGAUCAAAUAAACCGGGAGCUGCAGAGAGACCUACCGCCAACGGUCCCGGGGGACGUGAAAGCCGUCCCGUUAGAGCGCGACCCGACGUGGGCGAAGAAAUCCGGCUUCCGCGACACCAUCAGGGGACCACCUCGCGGGCAAAGCUGCCAGAUCUCCGCCGCAAGCAACAUGCAACGACGUGGAGAGGGUAAUGAGGAUGUGAGCAAGAUAUUAAUGAAGAGAUGGACGCUUUUGGUGCUGCAAGAUGCUGCGCAGCCAACGAUGCAGCAGCAGCAGCAGGAGCAGCAGCAGCAGCAGCAGCAGAAGCAGCAACAGCCGCCACAGCCGCCACAGCAGCAGCCACAGCCGGAGCAAAGAGAGGUAGCGGGCGAGCCCGAGCUCGGUGGUAUGCACAACGGGGCAGGGGCAGCAGGAGCGGCUGGGGCGGCCGAAGAGACGGCCGCGGCCGAGGAGUCGGCCGAGCCCGCGGAGUCGGCCGAGCCCGCGGAGUCGGCCGAGCCCGCGGAGGCCGAAAAGGCGGAUGGGGGGACACAAUAA